AGUGUCUUAUUGUAUAAGGCUUGUGAGAGGCUUCAUAAAUUGCGAUGCAUUUGAUGUAAAAUAGUACUAGUCCGGCUAGAACCUUAUUAUUGGCUAACAUGACUCGCUUUCUCAUGUUAAUUCAUUUCGGUGUUUGGGUUUUAUCUUUUUCAACCAACUGUGCCAGCCUUUCAGUGGAAGACCAACUACAGCAAAUAAGAGAAAACUACAUGCAAAUCAAAGAAAUUUUGGCAGAAAGAGAAACUAAAUGGGAGGCAAAAGUUACCCAACUGGAGACCAAAGUAACUCGACUAGAGGCCAUAGUGAAGAAUCAAGAAUCGUUCAUCAAUUCAUUCGGGAAUGAAAAACAAACAAAUUUUAAAUCUUCUUUAUCGAAUCGUCCUCAUCCUGAGAGUCAAUUGGCCGGAAAGAGUGCCAUUUUCAGAACGUGUGAUGAGUCUAGAUCAGCCAAUUCGUCCUUGAGUUCCGGCAUGCAAUGGAUUGAUCCAGAUGGCCAAGGCAUUGGUGACGAUCCUAUUUACGUUUAUUGCGAUAUGACAACAGGUUCGACAUCGAUUUUACACGAUAGCGAACUGAAAACGGACGUGGGACACUGCGCCGAUCCUGGAUGUUAUUCAAAGGCUAUCAACUACAAUGCAACUAUCAGACAAAUGACAGCGUUGGCAGAGUUGUCCACUGAAUGUCACCAGUCAAUCAGAUACGAUUGCGUUGCAGCGCCUCUUACUAUCAACGGGAUGGACUAUUCCUGGUGGAACGACAGAAAUGGGAAUCCGCAAUAUUUCUGGUCGGGAAGCAACGCUAGUGCACACACCUGUCAGUGCGGAAUCGAGCAUACUUGUGUCGAAUCUUUUAUUCCUUGUAACUGCGAUUCCGGUCUGCAAAUAUCGCUAGUCGACAGUGGAAUCAUUACCGAAAAGAAUGUACUUCCUGUCACACGCCUGAACUUUGGAAGAACAAUACUGGAAACUUCUUCCGGUCAGCAUACGCUAGGAAGAUUUGAAUGUACUGGUAAAGGAGAGGUGGCCGGAAUGCCAAGCUCAUGUCAAGAUCUCUGGCGAAUGGGUCACACUUUGAGCGGAUUAUAUUCGGUUAUGGGAACUGAAAUGAUCGAAAGUGUUUACUGCGAUUUCACGAGACUGCCUAACGAUGCUGGUUUCCAGAAAUGGAUUGGCUACGAUGACGUGAAAUCAUUGCCUACCUAUUUCUACGUUCAGAAAAGCAAGUCCUUCAAUUUGUUGAGCACUCCGAUUCCAUUCGAGAUAGAAAAAUUGAACAUGGGAGACGCCAUGAAUUCAACGUCAGGAACUUUCACAGUUCCGCGUACCGGAAUCUAUUUCUUUUCUUUCACCGGAAUCGGAGUUAUUCCUUCAUCGGGGGGCCAUCUCGAUGUGGCCUUGUUGUUGAAUGGAAAUGAAGUCGGAAGAGCGCAAUGUAAUGAUUUUACCGGUAAAGUUGAAUGGGAAAUGUAUUCCCUUCAAUCCACCCUGCACGUGCAUUCAGGAGAUAAAAUAUGGUUGGAAAUUCCAAGCAUGGGAAUGGGUGUUGUCCUACAAGACACCAGUCUCCAUUACACCCAUUUUAACGGUUGGCUGUUACAGGAGGACAUCUCUCAUUCGCUGAAUGUAUGAAACGAUUUUAUCUUGUUGAAUUAUGUUUAAAAAAAAGAAUAAAGUUGGUAAAUCGUCUUAAGGUUAAACUACA